AUGUUCUGCAAGAACAAGGCAAGCUAUGAGCUUAGAGCUCAGUCUACAGAGUCCCAAACCUCGGUCUCGGGCCGGUUCUGCAUCUCUCUACGCCAAAAUGUCAAUAUCAAGAGUAUCAAGGUGCGCCUUCGGGGUAUACUUAAGAUUCCUGGCGACGGCUUCUUAGUAUCUGAAGCCGCCCGACACUGCACAUUCGAACAAGAGCAACCGAUCGCAUCCUCAAGAUGCCGUCGCUCAUUCCCCAUGGCAGCAGGGGACUACAAAUACCCCUUCAGCAUCCCCUUACCAGCAGAUAUAUCCGACUCGUCACUCGGUCCAAACAAAUACCACACAUAUAAAGUCGAAGCAGUUAUCAAACGCCCCUACCUCAAGGACAUCGUGAUCUCCCAACCGGUCCAGAUCUACAAGUUCAAUUCCGAGCUCGAAAACCCAGACUCAAUCCCUUACAUCUAUUUGAGAGAAGAAUCGCAAACCGAACACGGUCAGGGCCUAAAUUCACGCAUCAUCCUCCCAUCAAGAUACAUCCCCUUCGGCUCUGCCUUUCCAGUCAAUGUCACCCUCUGGACAGGCUCAGGAAAAGAAACAACCCUCUCGAAGAUUACAAUCGAGGUCAUCGAGAAACAUAAUCUCAAAGUCGAUGCUACGGCGGCCCAAUCCGCGCGCUAUAAUAUCCACACCAUUCACUCUGCACGAAGCUAUACGCUCGUAUCGAAGAUGUUGGAGUUCGCAGAUUCUCCCAAAACUGAUUGGAACAUUUGUAAGAUGAUGCGGUUGCCGCAGGCGCUGGAUAAGGCUUCGCAGAGUAUCAAUACCAAGGCGAUUAAAAUCGAGCAUGUUCUUGUUGUCAAGGCUGAGUUUCGAAGUGACGAUGGGAACAAUGAAAUUGAUGUUGAGUACGAUUGGAUCCGAUGCGUUGGUGCGGGGAAAGGUGUUGCAGGAUUGCAGUACUCCGCCUCCGGCGUAUGGUAA